AUGUCUCUUCUCCAAAUGGAUAUAAAUAUACAACUGUUAGGGGCAUGUGAAGAUGUUGGAAAUGUACUCAUUUCUGAGGAUCUGCACAGCAUUGAAUUUGUUCUUCACAACAGUAAGAACUCAAUGAUGUGGCCGCAGCCCGCAGCAGUCCCUUCUGUAGCCGAAACUGAAAAUAAUAAUAAUAAUAAUAAUAAUAAUAAUAAUAAUAAUAAUAAUAAUAGUGAUAGUGAUGUGGUAUUUGGUGAACCCCCAACUCUAGUUGAGCGGGCGAUUGGACCAUCUCUCUUCUUUUAUGCCCCUCUUGGGGGUCGAAUCUCAAAAGAGUGCCGAACACUCCUUCGACGUGGACUCAUUCGUCUCUUCACACAUCAGUUGUUAUUACUACUCUCACACAGUAAAGUAAAUGCGUCAACAGAAACACAGAGUAGGGAUCCUACCAAGGAUAAUAAUAGUAGUAGUAGUAGUAUUAGUAUGAGUGAUUCCUUUGUUUUUCUUGAAAGAUCUUCCAAUAGUGGAAAAGCGGAAAUAGCAAAUGUACAUUGGACACCGCAGAUGUUGAAGUUUCUUCUUCAUUGUAUGUCUCCUGAUAUACUUCAGUUUACAGCCCGUCUUCCACAAUCAAUGACUUUAAUUCCAUUUGUAAAAGAUAUGAAAUCUUUAUUUAAAUCUGAAAAGGUACUCGAUACUCUUAAAGGUAUUCAUACAGAAAAGACAUAUCAACUUCUUUUUACUUUUAAACGAAUGGAAAUAGUUCGACAAAGUUUACAUGAUGAACAUACAGCAGAUCGCCUGGCAUCUAUACUUUUUAAUUCUUAUUUAAAGCCGGCAGAGGCGAUGAGAGACGCCGGUGGUGAAUCCCUUCAACCUCCCUUAUCACAACUCUGUGAUGCGGUGGACUGUUAUCAACGUGCACUGCUGUUGGCACAACGUGGACUUCUCUAUCCAUACAAUCAUGCACUUCGACCACCGCCGUCAUUAGAAGAUCGUAUUACUAGUGAUCUGGCAAAUCAUAAUAGUAGUAAUAAUAAUGAUAAUGAUAAUGAUGAUAUAGAUGAUGAAUAUAUGCCACUUUCAGAAGAAGGUGGAGUUGAUACCAUUCAUGAUAUCACACCAGGGAAUCGUCAUUUAAAUGUUCUCCUGCGAUUACAGAAUAGUCGUGUUAGCCGUAAUAGUAGUACUACUAGUAGCAGUAUUAAUAAUAAUAAUAAUACUAAUAAUAAUAAUAGUACUAAUAGUAGUACUAAUAAUAAUAGUAUUGAUGGAAUGGAGGAGAUAAAUGCUUUAUAUGAGGAUCCUUUACUAGCAAGUGGACGUGUUGUAUUUCCCUAUGCACAUGUAUUAAUGCAUGUAUGGUAUUCACUUCACCGACAGUUAAUCAUUGCUGCUGCCAACGCAGCCCAAACACUUCUCAUGAUGAUAUCAACAACAAAACCAACCGUUCAUAAUAAUAAUGAAUCUCGCCAAAAAGUAUUUAUGGGAAAAGAAUUGCAGCAACGACAACUUCGAGCUGCCCGCUGGUGUGGACGAGUAUUACCUUUAUUACAACGUUUACGUAAAUGGUGGAAUGACUCACAUGAAGACUCCGAUGCCCACAGAAGAGAAUGGCUGUGGUUGCAGUCUAUGCAAUUUAAAGUACUUCUUCGUCGGGCUAAACUAUUACGUCUGGCGGGAUCUCUUGAGGAGAGUCAGCGGUCUCUAGAGGAGGCGGAGCAGCAAUUUCACACACAAUCUUCACCAAUGCAUGUGCCUUUGUGUUUUCACGGCUGUGAUGAAAUGCGGGAGGCACUCUUGCGGGAUGUGAAGACACAACUCACAUUGGAGAAAACGGCUCUUCGUGAUGAAUGGAAACAAGGGGGUGGACUAGUUUUACGUUUGUAA